AUGGCGACUGUACAAACAACGACUAAAAUCUAUCCUUUUUUGAGUGAUUGGUCAUUGGAACCCAUGCCUAAGUCACAACAAUCUCAUCCAUCCAUGAAUGUCAACAACAAGGAUGUUUCCAUGCAAGAAAUACGAACUGAAGGAUUAAACAGUGAUCAACAAAAACCUGCCUCUCUGUGGUCAUAUGUUGCGCCUGGUUUUGCCAUUGGCGUACUAGUCGGUGGUAUAGCAUUGGCUACAGUCCUCACUUACUGGCUCUCAUCAACAUCACAAAUAACAACCAUCACUACAUCAAUAACUACUUCAACAAGUAUGGAUUUAGUUGUUUUCUCAUAA